GCAUGGAGGGUACGCGAUGCGAGGAUGAUUUUGUUUUUUCUUUUUGUCGGAGUCGUGGGAUAUAUAAGGCGUCUCCUGGCCUUGCCUGGCAACACUCGAGUCUCGCAGCCUCUCAGGAUGAGGGCUUUUCUGAUUGCGGCCCUUUUGGCCACGGCCCAGUGCUACGGCCCGCCAAACCAGCAGCACCAAGCUCCCGCAGCAGGCGCUCCCUCGGCCCCCUCUGUAGGCCUGACUGAAUUUUGCGGCACGAACUGCAUCCCAAAGCAGCCCGCACCCCAGCCCCAGCCGGUCGUGGCUCCGCAAGCACCCGCGCACCAGGCCUACCCCGUGCCCCAACAACCCCAACCCGUGCCACAGCAACCCCAGCCUGUUCCUCAGCAGCCGCCUAAUUACUCGAACAAUCCUUUCCUGAACGGUGCCGUCGACCUGAACAAGCCAAACACUGCGGCCUCAAUCCAACAGCAGACCUAUCAGCCGCAGCAAAUUCAGUCACAGCAGCCAUCCUACAACCAGCCGCAACAACCUUCCUACAAUCAGCCGCAGCAGCCGUCUCAAAUCGUGCAGCAGCCACAGCAGCCCAACUACGCAAACAACCCGUUCUUCUCGGGCCAAGUAUCCUCCACUGGACCCGUUCCUGCGGCGAACCGUGGCCGUCCGUGUACGAUCGGAUCGCUGUGCGUGGCCAAGCAAAAGUGCUAUGCGGGCGUUCUUCACCAGGAGGACGUUUUGCAGGCCAAAUCGCAGAACGAACCGUGCGAACAGUCGCGAAACGAGGUCUGCUGUCGAGUUCCAGACUUGGUGCAACAGGGAGCCGGCCCCUCGCCUUCUCUGACAGUGCAGCGCCCGGCGACGGUUGGCGCCGCCCGCUUCCCUCAGACUACCAACAAACCCUACACCGGACCUCUGAACACCACUCCUCACAUCGGAUGCGCCGCUGCCCUCAAAUGCGUUUCGCUCGAGUACUGCACUGCAGCCGGCGUGGUCUCCGACGUUCCCGUUGCCGUUAGCAGGGAUGAUGAUACUCGAGUUCCUUUGAGCGAGUGCGUCGACCCUGACUCCGGCAACUAUGGCUUCUGUUGUCGUGACCCCAACUACAAGGACCCGUGGCCCGAAACCCAGGAAAUCUGCAACCCUGGCACUUCCUGCGAAGCUAUGUGGCGCUGCCCUGGAGAAAGAAUGGCUCUACCUAAGAAGGGUUGUCGAGUCAACCAAGACGGCUCCACCGGCAUCUGCUGUCUCCCUCCCAAGGGCUCCCAGCAACAGCAGUUUUCCCAGCCUCCUGCCCAGCAGCAACAGCAGUUCAACCAGUUCCAGCAGCAGCAGCAGCAGCAGGUCUCUUCCAACGUGAUCGACAACAGGCCCGCCUACGCCACGUCCGUCAUCUCACAGCAACCGCAGCCGGUCGUCGCUCAAAACCCGCCCCUAAAGCCUUUCAAUCCUCCUCCCCAGCAGUACAAACCCGUCGCCAAGCCUUUCAACCCUCCUCCCCCACCAGCCCAGGCCUUCCAGCCAACCCCUCAGCCCAGCAUCCCCCAACCCUCGUACCCCGUCGACCCACCCCCUCAGCCUUUCGUGCCUGAACCCCAGCCGAGCUACAACAACCCUGGCCCUGAGCCGGUCGUGAUCGAGACCAGACCGACCCAGACGCAGUUCUUCCAGCAGCAGUCGCCCGCCAGCAACCAGUUCCCCAUCCAGCAGAUCAAGGUUCCCGCGCAAUCGCAGACCUACCAGACCACCCAACGUCCCUUCAACGUCGCCUCCGCCCCUGUUCCCGUCCCCGUCAGCGGCUGCGGAGUCCGUUCCGUCGCCCCGGGAGCCCCUCAGGAUGGUGAGAGCGCACCCGGAGAGUUUCCUUGGCAAGCACUCGUUUCCUCCGUUGACGGUACUCGCCUUUGUGCCGGCGCGGUCGUCAGCGAGACUGCCGUCGUAGUUUCGGCCACCUGCGUCCAAAAACACAAACCCCAACAGCUGCAGGUGGAGGUGGGUUCGUGGUCACCCUACUCGACGGCUGAGGAACGACAGGUGUUGGCCGUGAUGGUGUCAGUGCCCCAUCCGCGCUACGACGCCAACACGCAGGCCAACGACCUGGCCGUGCUGGUGCUGCAGCGAUCGCUUCGCUUUGGCCGCUUCGUGGGCGCUGUGUGCCUGCCGCACUCGUCCGAGCUUACCACUGAGGGCUUGUUGCAGAGCCCCGGAGGUGCGUGCAUCAUCUCCAGCUGGCCCAAGCCGGCCGACGGCAGCAGCAAGCUGCACCGCGUGGCCGUGCAGCCGGUCGAGCCGGCCAAGUGCGAGGAGAGUCUGCGUAGCACCUACCUGGGCAAAUACUUCCAGCUGCACAGCAGCUUCAUGUGCGCGGCGCCGCUCAACCCCAGCCAGAGCAUGUGCCCAGUGAAUCUGGGCGGCGCCCUGGUGUGCCCUCGCGCCGACGGCCGCUACCUGCUCGUCGGCGCCAGCAGCUGGGACGUUGGCUGCGCGCAGCCCCAGCCCGCCGUCAUGUGCGCCCUCGACGUUGAGUGGGUCAACCAGGUGCUGGCCACCCCGGCCGCCGACCUCCAGCAGCAGCAGCAGCGUGUCGAUGAGUUCGUCGUCGAGCCCGACGUCGCCCAGCAGAAGCCCGGCUUCAGCCAGGGAUACGGCCGCUGAUAAUCGAAAUUCCAGCCAGCGAAACGAAAAGACUUUGGAACGGGCGAUGAAAAUGUUUUUUUCCGGGACUUUUAAACAGUAGUUUACUUGUGAUGCAUUUGAAGGGUUUGUUAUUUUGUCUGUGCCCUCUCACUGCUGCGCUGCAUAUUUAAAAUUUGAGUCGGUAGCGAGAAGGUGCAGAUGUGAUCAAAGCGUACAUAGUUGUUUCAUGUAGCCAAUAAUUAAUUUAUAAAAUAAAUAAAAAUGUGAGAAAAUCUCCAAACCUAGA